AUGUCGUCUAAAAGGAUAAUGGGAAAAGUUGCACCUGCUUUCGAAAUUCGGUUCAACGGUACAGAUUCGCAAGCGAUUGAAUCUGUUCCAAUAAAUCCAAGUAUUAACUCAAAUGAACGAAAUAUACCGGAGCCUUUCAGAAAACGUGACAAAAUCCCUCGAUACUCUGGUAAUGCUUCUGAACAUCCUAUAAAUAACGUUAAUAUACCACCACAAAAACCUUCUAGUGUUGAUGUACGAACUUCACCUUCAACACUCAACAAACAAUUUACUAAAAAUAUUGGUGAUAGUUUUCAUGGUUCUCAAUUAAAGACAUUAAAAGAUGUCAAUAAUUCGAGUAGUUCAUCAUCAAAUGCUACUGAUAUUCCUACAACAAAAGUAAAAUCAUGGAAUAAUUCUGUUGGCCCUGAAACUGAAAAACAAGAUCGUGUGACUGUUGGUAAGAUUGAAAAAGACGCAUUUAUGGAUAAUAAUAAUCCAGAUACGAGUACAACAAGCUCAACUAUAGCAUUUGAUUCAGCUAUACGGAUCAGUCAAUCAACAAAAAAACGCCCAUUAUCUGAAGAAAGUGGUAGUGAAAAGGAAAAUGUCGAUGUUGACGCUGAUAAUACUAUUCAAACUCCUUAUUCAAAUAAGGAUUUAAAUGGUACUACUGAAAUGACCGUAUCCGUUAACAGGAAGAAUACACUAAAAAAUAAUCGUAAAAAAAAAAUCAAUACAAAUGAUUAUAAGGAUGAUGAUGAUAACAACACUGUAGCAAAGAGUCAUCUUUCUGUCGAUGGUAUAGCUACUCCACCUGCCACUCCACCCAGAAGUCCUCCUAUGACUCCAAUAAUCGCUCAAACUCCUCCUAGCAGUGGCCCUCCUAUGACUCCAAUGACAGCGCAUACACCAAUUAAUAACGGACCAAUACUAGAAACUGCUAAUGUGACUACACAGACUCCACUUAAUGGGCUAAUAUCAGAAACUGUCAUCAAUGAAAGUAUUCAUUUAUUAAGUCCACAACCAUCGGAUGAUUCUCAAAUAGUAGAUUCAACCUCUAUGGAAACUACGGAAGCACAAAUUCAACAAUCUCGUGCUCCAAGAAUGUCAAAAUCUCGUCCGAUCAUCACAGCUUAUUCAUUAGAAUUACAAGAACAACUUGAAUCUGAAUCACCAACAAAUGAUGAACCUCCCAAAAAAACCAUAAUUUCUCAUGAUGAUAUGAUCAUACCUACCUUAGCAAAAAAACUUAAAAUGAAUGGACAAUUACCUUAUCCUAACCAUGAAGCUCUGUUGGGAGUUAGUGAUGAACCUGAUGAAUCUGAUAAAAUUAAACCAAGACCAGAAUCCGGUUAUAUGGAUGUAACUGAUCAAGUUGAGAAUCUUUUUGAGGAUGCAAAUGAUCAAUUUGAGGAUGAAUUACAAAAAAGUACGAAAAAACGAUCGUCAGUUGCAAGUUAUCAACGGCGUCGGCGAAAAUCUGCGCCCAGAAGACCAACAAGGAAAUCUCGUCCAAAUUCUCGAAGAAAUAGUAAAACAUAUAGUAAUGUUCAAAUACAAACUGACGAUGUAAUUAUUACUCCUGCAUUAGAGGAUGUUCCUUUUGAUGAUGAUCUUAGAAAGCGUGAUAGAAAAUCACGAAGAGAAGAAUUUGUAUUUUUAACUAAAUAUAAUGAGGAUGAUAUUGAUAUUGAGCCAGUAACACAUUCCGAAUUACCGACAUCAACUAUGCCAGCACCACUUGUUCCCAAACAAGAGCCUGUUGAGCAGAAUGAGAUGUCGAAAGUGAUUACUAAUAAUUCGUUUACGGCACAGAACGAUAGGAUCCAUCCAGUUCAAUCCAAUGUUGCGCCUGUUGCAACUCAUGAUUCUCCAAUGUGGGCGUUGUGA